CUGGUUACAGUCGUGGGAAAGAAAACCCCUACAUUCCUCCCCUUUAAUUGGGUUUAUUGUUAAAGCUUUGGAGCAGCUAAUCCUCCCAGACCUGUAGGAGCAGGAGGGCAGGCGCCAGGAGCACCAUUCAUCUGCGUCCCUGGCUUCCCCAAUAGCUUCAACUCUGGAGGCGAUGGGUAGACAGGAGGAGGAGGACUGCAGCUCCUGGAAGAAACAGACCACCAACAUCCGGAAGACGUUCAUCUUCAUGGAAGUGCUGGGAUCAGGAGCUUUCUCAGAAGUGUUUCUGGUGAAACAGAGGGUGACGGGGAAGCUUUUUGCCCUAAAGUGCAUCAAAAAGUCACCUGCCUUUCGGGACAGCAGCCUGGAGAAUGAGAUCGCUGUGUUGAAAAGGAUCAAGCAUGAGAACAUCGUGACCCUGGAAGACAUCUACGAGAGCACCACUCACUACUACCUCGUCAUGCAGCUUGUUUCUGGUGGGGAGCUCUUUGAUCGGAUCCUGGAGCGUGGUGUGUACACAGAGAAGGAUGCCAGCGUAGUGAUCCAGCAGGUCUUGUCUGCAGUGAAAUAUCUUCAUGAGAACGGCAUCGUCCACAGAGACUUGAAGCCUGAGAACCUGCUCUACCUCACCCCUGAAGAGAACUCCAGGAUCAUGAUCACAGACUUCGGACUGUCCAAAAUGGAGCAGAACGGUGUCAUGUCCACAGCCUGUGGGACUCCGGGUUAUGUGGCUCCAGAAGUGCUGGCCCAGAAGCCCUAUAGCAAGGCUGUGGAUUGCUGGUCCAUUGGUGUUAUCACCUACAUAUUAUUGUGCGGGUACCCCCCUUUCUAUGAGGAAACAGAGUCCAAGCUUUUUGAGAAGAUCAAAGAGGGUUACUACGAGUUUGAGUCUCCAUUCUGGGAUGACAUUUCUGAGUCAGCCAAGGAUUUUAUUUGUCACUUGCUGGAGAAGGACCCGAAUGAGCGGUACACUUGUGAGAAGGCCCUGCGGCACCCCUGGAUUGAUGGAAACACUGCCCUUCACCACGACCUCUACCCAUCUGUCAGCCUCCAAAUCCAGAAGAACUUCGCUAAGAGCAAGUGGAGGCAAGCCUUCAACGCGGCUGCCGUGGUUCACCACAUGCGGAAGCUACAUAUGAACCUGCACAGCCCUGGCAUCCACUUGGAGGGAGAGAACAGGCCACCCAUCCCUCCGGCCCCUGAGGCCUCCAGACCCAGCUCCCCAGAGAACACCAUCAGUGAAGCACCGGCUCUAGACCCGAGCACACCUCUCCCUGCCCUGACCCAGCUGCCCUGCCAACACGGUCCACGGCCCUCAGCCCCUGGUGGCCGCUCCCUCAACUGCCUGGUCAACGGCUCCCUGCGCAUCAGUAGCAGCCUGGUACCCAUGCGUCGGGGGCCCCUGGCUACUGGGCCCUGCGGCUGCUGCUCCAGCUGUCUGAGCAUCGGGAACAAGGGGAAAUCCUCCUACUGCUCGGAGCCCACCCUCUUCAGAAAGGCCAACAAAAAACAGAACUUCAAAUCAGAGGUCAUGGUGCCAGUAAAAGCAGGUGGUGGCUCCCUCUGCCGGGCAGGGCAGACUGGGGUCUGUCUCAUCAUGUGAUCCUUAGAGCCUUGACCUGGGUCUCUGCAGUUUUCAGGAGAUAUGCCAGACACCUCUCUGUUCUCACAGCCCUGGCGUCCCCCCUGCAGAGGGAGAAGGGGAGCAGCGAGCAGGGCUGGCAGGAAUGAGCAGCUGCAGGUGUCCAAUGGGACAGGUGACUUCUGGAGGUCUGGAAGGAGCCCCAAGAAGACUCCCUGCAGCUGAGUGCAGGAGGAGCAGUGUCCCCAGACUCCAGGUCUCCGACAUGCCUGUUCCUCACCCCCACACCACGUGCCGUGGCUCUGUUCAGUGUCCAUAUGUAGCGUUAACCUGGGUCUGUGCUGUACGUCGUGGAAAGUUUAGAGGGCCGGCCAGGCUGUGCUGCCUUCACCAAGCAAAGCCAUACGGAGCCUGUCACUCAGACUCCCCGCUCCACACACCUGCUCCUGCCUCUCCGGCCCCUGGCUUCACGGCUACACUGAACUCAUUUGCGUGGCCGCCUGCCCAUCCGCAUGAAUACCCAGCAGCUCCCGGGUGGCCUGGAAGUGGUCACAGCUCUAGUCCUUCCUCUGGGAUCAGCUUCUCAUUGCACUGAGGCUCAGCCAGGCUCCCAGAACACUUUGCCCCUCCGCUCUGUCUCAGCCACGCAGCAGUGCCCAGCAUGCCAAGGUGGGACACAGAGAAGGCCGAGACUGGGCCCCGUCUCCGAGACUGCUGAUCCAGCCAUGCACACACACCACCGCGACGGACUCGAGGGAGCCGCGUCCCUUCAGCCGGGCAUUCUCCCGCCUCCGUCUCCCUCUCCCCCCGUGUCAGGCGCACCGCUGUCUGCGUUCUCGCCUCACUCCCUCUCCAGCUUUGUGUUGUGUUGUUGUGCUCAAUAAAUGAACAUAUUUUUCUCUACGAA